UAAGAAUAGUUUAAUUGUAUUGGCAUUCUCAGAACUACAUAUGGCACCUGGAUAUUCACAUGCAUUUGAUUUUGUUGAUUAAUCAUUCUUAACUUUCACAUUGAUUUGAAUGAAAGAAUAAUCGUACUGUGUUUGUUGUGUUAUGGUUUGCUAAGUCACAGACACAUCAUAGAUUAGGUAGUGAUGCAGGUGUUACAACAUGUAGGUGUUUUUCUAUCAGGUCCCAUCAGAGACAAAGAUCUGCUGGACCUGGACCUGGACCUGGACCCAGCAGUGUGUCCUUCAAGAGCGACCAGUCAAAGGAUGUUAUUAUUGCUUUCAAAGACCAGCCUGUAUCAGAAUCACGCUGAGUUGUUGUCACUUUGAAUCAUUCUAAACAAUCUAAAGAUAAACAUUUGUAUGUUGUUUCCAUUUCUUCAUCUUGUUGAUUCGUGUUUAAAGUGUUGAUGUGAAGGAGAAGCUUUCUUCACUGAUCAUUGAUCAAAUCUCCAUCCAGCAGUAGCUAAAGCUCUGAUCCUGUAGAGGUUCUCAGGGGCUGCUCCUCUUCUAAUAAAGUGCUGAGUCAAAGCGAGCAGCUGAUCAUCUCUGAUCAAAUCUGUUUAUUGACGUCUCUACAUGAAGGUUUUGGUCAAAUGUCUUGAAGCUUCUUCACUUGCAGCAGUAAAUUGAAGUUACUACUGGAGACUUCAUUUGUGAUGUUCACUUCAUCACUUCAUGGACCUUUACCUUGUGUGUGUCUCUAUGUGGACUCAUUCUCACAGUGACCUUCCUGAGGAGGAUGAAGCAGGAGGAGCUGGCUGACUGUCUGCAGAGAUCUUCUGCUGCAGUUUGUCAGGAUCAACUUAAAUCUCGCCUGAAGCAGAAGUUCCAGUGUGUGUUUGAAGGCAUCGCUAAAGCAGGAAAGCCAACCCUUCUGAACCAGAUCUACACAGAGCUCUACAUCACAGAGGGAGGGACUGGAGAGGUCAACGAUGAACAUGAGGUCAGACAGAUUGAAACAGCCUCCAGGAAACCAGACAGAGCAGAAACAAGCAUCAGACCAGAAGACGUCUUUAAAGGCUCAGCUGGAAGAGAUGGAGCCAUCAGAACAGUGAUGACAAAGGGAGUGGCUGGCAUUGGGAAAACAGUCCUAACACAGAAGUUCACUCUGGACUGGGCUGAAGGCAAAGCCAACCAGGACAUACACUUCACAUUUCCAUUCUCCUUCAGAGAGCUGAAUGUGCUGAAAGAGCAAAGGUUCAGCUUGGUGGAACUUGUUCAUCACUUCUUCACUGAAACCAAAGCAGCAGGAAUCUGCAGGUUUGAAGAGAUAGAUGUUGUUUUCAUCUUAGAUGGUCUGGAUGAGUGUCGACUUUCACUGGACUUCAACAAGACUAAAACCCUGACUGAUGUCACAGAGUCCACCUCAGUGGAUGUGCUGCUGACAAACCUGAUCAGGGGGAACCUGCUUCCCUCUGCUCACCUCUGGAUCACCACACGACCUGCAGCAGCCAAUCAGAUCCCUCCUGGGUGUGUUGACAUGGUGACGGAGGUCAGAGGGUUCACUGACCCACAGAAGGAGCAGUACUUCAGGAAGAGGUUCACAGAUGAGGAGCAGGCCACAACAAUCGUGUCCCACAUCAAGACGUCACGAAGCCUCCACAUCAUGUGCCACAUCCCAGUCUUCUGCUGGAUCACUGCUACGGUUCUGGAGGAUCUGCUGGAAACCAGAGAGGGAGGAGAGCUGCCCAAGACCCUGACGGAGAUGUACAUCCACUUCCUGGUGGUUCAGACCAAAGUGAAGAACAUGAGGUAUGAUGGAGGAGCUGAGACAGAUCCACUCUGGAGUCCAGAGAGCAGGAAGAUGAUUGAGUCUCUGGGAAAACUGGCUUUUGAGCAGCUGCAGAAAGGAAACCUGAUCUUCUAUGAGUCAGACCUGACAGAGUGUGGCAUCAAUGUCAAAGCAGCAUCAGUUUAUUCAGGGGUGUUCACACAGGUCUUCGAGGAGGAAAAAGGACCGUAUAAGGACAAGGUGUUCUGCUUCAUCCAUCUGAGUGUUCAGGAGUUUCUGGCUGCUCUUCAUGUCCAUCUGACCUUCAUCAACUCCGGAGUCAACCUGAUGUCACAAAUAUCCUGGUUUAAACAUUUUAUGAUGAAACAUAGAACUUCACAGUUCUACCAUGUUGCUGUGGACAAGGCUUUAGAAAGUCCAAAUGGACACCUGGACCUGGUCCUCCGCUUCCUCUUGGGAUUUUCUCUUAAGAAAACCCAGUCACUCUUACAAGGUUUGAUGACACGAAUGAGAAGUAAUUUACAAACCAAUCAGAAAACAGUUCAAUAUAUCAAGAAGAAAAUCACAGAGUUUCCUUCUGCAGAGAAAAGCAUCAACCUCUUCCACUGUCUGAAUGAACUGAAUGAUUGUUCUCUAGUAGAGGAGAUCCAAGACUAUCUGAAUUCAGGAAGUCUCUUCAUAUAUAAACUGUCUCCUGCCCAGUGGUCAGCUCUGGUUUUCAUCUUAUUGUCUUCAGCAAAUGAUCUUGAAGUAUUUGAGCUGAAUAAAUUCUCUGCUUUAGAGGAGGCUCUUCUGAGGUUGCUGCCUGUGGUCAAAGCUUCCAACACGGCUCUACUGAGUAACUGUAACCUGUCAGAGAGAAGCUGUGAAGCUCUGUCCUCAGUUCUCAGCUCUCAGUCCUCUAGUCUGAGAGAACUGGACCUGAGUAACAACAACCUGCGGGAUUCAGGAGUGAAUGUUCUGUGCGCUGGACUGAAGAGUCCUCACUGUCGACUGGAGACUCUCAGCCUGAGUGUGUGUGACCUGUCAGAGAGAAGCUGUGAAGCUCUGUCCUCAGUUCUCAGCUCUCAGUCCUCUAGUCUGAGAGAACUGGACCUGAGUAACAACAACCUGGAGGAUUCAGGAGUGAAGCUACUGUCUGCUGGACUGAAGAGUCCUCACUGUCGACUGGAGACUCUCAGGCUGUCAGGCUGUCUGCUCUCACAGGAAGCUUGUGUCUCUCUGGCCUCAGCUCUGAGCUCCAACCCCUCCCAUCUGAGAGAGCUGGACCUGAGCUACAAUCAUCCAGGAGACUCAGGAGUGAAGCUGCUGUCUGCUGGAGUCAAGGAACCACACUGGAGACUGGACACUCUCAGGGUGGAGCCUGGUGGAGUCCGAUACUUGACACCAGGUCUGAGCAAGUAUUUCUGUCAACUCACCAUCGACACAAACACAGUGAACAGACAUCUACAACUGUCUAACAACAACAGGAACGUGACACAUAUCUGGCAGGAUCAGUCAUAUCCUGAUCAUCCAGACAGAUUUGACUGGCCUCAGCUGCUGUGUAGUAAUGGUCUGACUGGUCGCUGUUACUGGGAGGUUGAGUGGGGUGGAGGAGUUUAUAUAUCAGUGAGUUACAGAGGAAUCAGAAGGAAAGGAGACAGUAAAAACUGUUGGUUUGGAGACAAUGAUCAGUCCUGGCGUCUGAAAUGCACUAAUGGUGGUUACUAUGUCUGCCACAAUAACAUAGUAACACUCAUCUCCUCCUCUGUGUCUCACAGAGUAUCAGUGUAUGUGGUAUGUCCUGCUGGUUCUCUGUCCUUCUGGAGAGUCUCCUCUGACAAACUGAUCCACCUUCACACCUUCAACACCACAUUCACUGAACCACUUUAUCCUGGGUUUGGGGUUAGGCACAGUUGGCCUGGUUCCUCAGUGUCUCUGUGUGAUGUGUCAUAGUGAGAAUUUGAUUCUGUCAGGGAAACGUUGUCACUGUGAAACAUAGUUCAGUCUGUUCAUGUCUGUCUUGUUGUCAUGUCAGAUAGAUGUAUUAAAACAAACUAUGGAGCUAAGGUGGCUGAGCAUGUUCUGUUCUGAGUGAGAGUAUGCGAUUUGAUUGCACCAGACAGACGUUCCUCCUGCGCAGGAAAAGGGACAAAAGGCAAAUGCAACUCAAGGAUUUUGUGAUCUUUGCAUUACACCUCUGUGAUGUAUGUUGUGAUCUCCCCUGCUGUUUUUUUUUGCAGAAAAGACAAGUCUCUCAUCAGUUUCUUUAUUACAAAUUUCCACCACAGUUGAUAAAUAGUUGUGUUGCUCACAUUUCUUGAACUUUCUGUGAAUCUUCUCAUUUCAUUUGAAGUGUGUGUGAAGGAGAAGCUUUAUUCACUAAUCUUCUGACAAACACACUGAUCAUUGAUCAAAUCUCCAUCCAGCCGGUAGCUAAAGUUGAUUCCAGAUUGUGGGCUAUAAUAUAAUAAAUUUUAUUCAGAUUCUGCAUCUGUUCUCAAGCAUUAACUGACAAACACCAAAAACUAUGUAACCUUUACUUCCAACUGCUAUGUUAGUAUGUUGUGUAUGAUUCCUUCCUUCCUGUUUAAGGUUGUAUUUACAGUUUACUUGACAAUAAGGCCUUAAAAAUG